CUAUUGGUUCUGCAACUCAUCCAGUGCAGCAACUCUAGUUUUCUGCUACCCAAAACCACCAUUUUAGGGCUUAGAAAAACCUAGCUAGUAUUAUAGUAGCAGUGAGUGAGUGGAGCUAUAAUUAAUAUAAUGUCGAGGGGGGUUUUAGAGCCACUUACGGUGGGGAGAGUGAUUGGGGAAGUUGUGGAUAACUUCAUCCCCAGUGUGAGAAUGAACGUUACAUACAACAGCAACCGCCAAGUGUACAACGGCCAUGAACUCAUGCCGCCGCUCAUUGCCGCUAAACCUCGCGUUGAGAUCGGCGGCGAUGAUCUCAGAGCUGCUUACACUCUUAUCAUGACUGAUCCGGAUGCUCCCGGGCCUAGUGAUCCAUACUUGAGGGAACAUCUUCACUGGAUUGUCACUGAUAUUCCUGGCACCACUGAUGUAUCUUUCGGAAGGGAAAUUGUGAGCUAUGAAGCGCCGAAGCCGGUGAUUGGGAUACACCGUUACGUGUUCUUAUUGUUCAAGCAACGGGCGAGGCAUUCGGUGCGGGCCCCACCGUCAAGGGACCGGUUCAACACUCGCGCCUUCUGCCAAGAGCACGGGUUGGGGACGCCGGUCGCCGCCGUCUACUUUAAUGCGCAGCGAGAAACCGCCGCCCGGAGAAGAUGAUCGAAUUCCUCAGAGAUAUACUAAAAGCUCCUCCGGCCGAGUUUACAACGGACUGUUAGUUAAAUAACGGAGAUAGCCGAAAAAAAACGUGCGUCCCAGGAAAUCCGCUGACUGACUAAUCAAGGAUUGACAUGUGUUCCUACAGUUGUUGUACUUUACGUUGUGUUAGGGUAACUGUUUGGGGGUCCCAUCACAAGUCUUAGGUUUUCUUUAGACUUUAGAUGUGUGAGGGUACGUGUCGUAUUCUGUUGGGUUGCUGUGAUGAUUGCCGUCAUAACGGCACAGUUAGUUCGUUCUUCUUUUUUUUUUUU